UUCUCAAUGGAAAACAACUUUUUGGCAUAUACAGCAUAAAUUAAAUUAUACAUUUAAUCACUUAGUCAUAACAAUCAACGGGAAUAAGCUCUACUAAUAAAUUGGCACAAUGGCAGAAGGAACACAAGAGGAACAUUUGAAGAGAACCAGCCUUCCAGCAAAAAUGAUCUCGCGCAAAGAAGUCAGUAUUUGGGCAAUACUCAAGAACUGUAUUGGCAAAGAUUUAAGCAAAAUUACCAUGCCCGUUAUCCUCAAUGAACCACUGAGCUUCCUGCAAAGGCUAUGCGAAUACAUGGAAUAUGCGGGACUCCUAACAAUAGCUGCACAAAAAGAGACCGCAGAGGAGCGUAUGGCACACGUGGCAGCUUUUGCAGUGUCUGCGUUAGCAUCCAAUUGGGAUCGACUUGGAAAGCCCUUCAAUCCACUUCUAGGCGAAACAUACGAGCUACAACGUGAUGGAUAUCGGAUCGUUUGUGAACAGGUGUCCCACCAUCCACCUGUAUCGGCAUUUCAUGCGGAGUCUCCUGACUUUAAGUUUCAUGGUUCAAUUAACCCUAAGCUUAAAUUCUGGGGAAAAAGCGUUGAAAUUCAGCCAAAAGGAGUUGUGACUCUCGAAUUUCCAAAAUGGAACGAGGCAUACACAUGGACAAAUGUGAACUGUUGUGUGCACAACAUAAUCGUUGGAAAACUGUGGAUAGAACAGUAUGGGUCUAUGGAGAUCACCAAUCAUUCCACUGGUCAUGUAGCGCUCUUAACAUUUAAGUCAUCUGGAUCGGCUGCUAAAAAUCUUCAUAGGGUGGAAGGAUUUGUGCAGGACGAAAAUAAGAAGAAAUUGUUUUUCUUAUAUGGAAAAUGGACGGAGUUUAUCAAAUGUUGUCCUGCCGAAAAUUAUGAGAGCUAUUUACGAGAGGGAAACAAGAAAAAUGGUGAAAAAGAUUUUACAGAUUCACCAGACGGGACUCCGAAAAAAAUGUUUUCCAAGCUGCAUAGCUUCAAACUGAACUCUUUCCGAAGUCUAUCCAUUCAAGAUAACGAUAACGGCCCACCUCCAGAAAUAGAGGGUGACAUACCCAAAAGCGAAUCAGCUUACUCCCUCGACAUACCAAACUCCACGUUAAUGUGGAGUUGUAAAGCUAGGCCUGAAAAUAGUGAUGAGUAUUAUCAUUUUAGUUAUUUUGCUCUGCAAUUAAAUGCAAUGGAUAAAAAUAUGAAACCACCAACUACUCUCUGCCCUACCGAUUCGCGAUUGCGACCUGACGUUUUAUGCUUGGAGAACGGCGACUUAGAAGGCUCUGCACGAGAGAAGACGCGUUUGGAAGAGAAACAACGCGAUACUAAAAAGCACCUAAAGUCCAAAAAUGAACCAGAAUGGAGCCCUAGAUGGUUCAAAAAUGCUAACAACCCUUAUACCAAUAAAGAUGAUUGGCUCUAUGCGGGAGGCUAUUGGAAUCGAAAAUAUGAAAGUACUAACGCAAUAUUUUAGAAAAAUUUAAAUGUACUAUAUAUACAUAUACAUACAUAUAUACAUGUUUUAUAGGUAUAUUAUAAUUGUGAAUAGAUCUGUCUAUAUGUUCACUGUUAAUUCAAUAUUAAGCUAAUAAAAUGUUGUUUAGCUGUUGGCUUCUAGCUGCAAGAAACUA